UUUUUCCCCUGCUACGUCACCGCUGUGUACCGGAAGUGUGAAUCUUCGCGUCAACAUUGCGCUUACUAGCUGAGGUCCUCAUAUAAAAACUACCGAACGUUUUGUAACGCGUAUAUUAUUUACACAGCAUUUUCUAAGCCAGAUGGACGCUGGGGCCAGAGAUACCUUCACUGAGGGUGGAGCAAGUGAAAGAACAUUGCCACCAGGUCUGACGGAGGAAGAAGCUGCAGAACUGGAACUGGAGCUCAGUAAGGUGGAGGAUGAAAUUCAGACUCUGAGACAUGUCCUUUCAUCCAAAGAGAGGCAUGCUGCAGAACUGAGGAGAAGAUUGGGUAUAAGCCCUCUGAUUGAGAUAAAAACCAACCUUACCAAAGGCUGGCACAAUGUCCAGUCUUCUAAUGCUUACAUGAAAAGCUCCCAGACUCUUGGGGAUUUGAAUCAAAGAAUUACAUCCUCUAACAUUUAUCUUACAGCAUCUGCUACUCUGGAAGACAUUAGUCGUUCUGAAGCAUAUAAGAAAACUCAGGAGACUCUGUCCCAGGCUGGAAUGAUGACAUCAUCUGCUUUCUCAUCACUGAGUUCAACUCUAAGAAUCAAACUGGGAGAAAUGAGGGCUUUGACUUACACGCCUCCAUCAGGUAGCAGCUACUCCAUGCGCCACUCCCUAAGUAUGCCCACUAUGAGGUAAAUUACCAGGAAUUCACCAACAUUUAAAAACCUGGAGGACAAAAUGGGAGCUGGAGGAAGCACAAAUGGUGGAGAGAUGUAACCACCACCUGACACUGGUUCUGAACAGGAAGCACAGACUCAUUACCAAAACUGACAUCUGACCUAAAAUACCCCGAGUCCAUUAAAGCGCUAAGUUGAAAGUAAAGAGAUGUCAAAACCUUUGAAUCAAUAAUGCUGAACAGUACUAAAUUCUCAAAAUAAUGCAUCUCUGCUGCUUGCUUUAAAAGGAGAAAUCCUGAACCUGAUGUGAUUUGAUUUUUGUGGGUUUUUUUUUUUUUUUUUUUAAACUGUGUGAGGAUGCAUGAUGCACACGACUUUUACUCCUGUUUCGAAUGUUUGAAAAGGUUUUCUGAUUAUCGUUUGCUCUGAUAUUACUACUGAUGUACAUUUACAGCAUUUGGCAGACACCCUAAUUCAGAGUGAUCUACAUUUUAUACAACUGAGGGUCUUACUCUGGGGCCCAGCAAUUGUAGCUUGGGGGAUGUGGGAUUUGAACUCACAACCUCCUGAUUAUUAGCCUUAACUAAGCUACACAUCCCCACAUGAUGUAUACCAGUUGUGGUUCCAUGCAGCCUCAUAUACACUCCUGACACACUGUGGAUUAAAUGAAAUCGCUUCCUUGGCGGUAUGUCCCCCUCCUGUUGCAUAUGAUUAAUGGGCAUGUAACAGACUGCUUUCUACAUCUCUUAUAACUCAGGGCAAAAGGUAGCUUGUGCUUUGACUAAUCUGAGGAAUGUAACUAAUGCAUCAUAAACUGGUUCAUGGAAUAUAAGGUUAAUGUUUGUGAUUUAAUUUAAAUAAUUGAUCUUUUUUGGGUUAAAUGAACUGUUACACACACACACACACACACAUAUAUAUAUAUUGGUAUUUGGUUUUAUGUUUGUCCUUAUUUGGUUGUUAUUUUCGUCCUGGUGUGACUUUGGUAAAAGGAAAUAUUUAGUUACAAUUAAAUAUUAAUAUAUGUGUGUUUCCCUGGCUGUUCUGAAGUUAAUAAUCGGAAUGUGCUUGAGGUCGAUACAGUUACUUUGGUAAAGGAAGAUAAGCUAAAAUAUGAAACGAGCUGGGUGGUGUUCAUUUUGUCUGGAUAAUUUAUGCAAACCUUGACUUUACCCUGAGACUGUUACCUUUAUCCCAUGCACAAAUAGUGGUUUGACAGAUUGUAACAUGAUUUUAUGCUAUUUAUCAUUGCAGAAAAUUGCUUAAAUAAACCUACAGUUGGAGAACA